ACUUCUUAGAUAUGAGAACCUAAGAUUGCGCCGACUUUUCCGAUUGUUCCAUUUUCUCUCAUCCCAAAGUUGAAAACCCAUCCCCUUUGAAAUGGCGGAACCUUCAGCAAAGAUCCUUAGACGAACCCUAGAUCAAACCCUACAUGGAGAAGCUGAUAACAUUGAUAGACUCAGUGUACUUCCCGAAUCUGUUCUUCUCUCCAUUCUCUCACGCUUGGACCUCAAAGAAGCUGCAGCCACCUCAGUUUUAUCCACAGCCUGGAGAGACCUUUUCUUAAACCUUCCCUAUGUUCAGUUGAAUUUCAAUGGAAAUGGCAAUCCUCCUGAUCAUCCUAGACUCUUUCACCUGUUCACACUCUUUAUUAACAGAAUUCUUCGAGAGAGAAACCCAGAAAUACCCAUUAAAGCUUUCUGGCUAACUGUGAAGAAUUUCACUGAAAGGAUGAAACUUGAUUAUAAUUCAUUGAUGAUGUCCAUAGCUGCUGCAAUGUCCACUUGCAAGAUGAUGACCAUUGAUUACGCUAUUGGUUCCUGUAGUGAAGGUACUGAGGUAUCUUCACUUCCUCUUCCACCUGCAAUGUUUAUGUCAGAGACUCUAACUCGUUUGCGUCUAACCCUUUCUGUGGGGUGGGAUCUUCCGGAAAAUGUUUGGAUGCCCAAUCUAAGGUACGCUUACUUCAUUCCAUAUAGAUUGACGCAUGAGAAUUCUACUCAGAGGUUUCUGGAUGGGUGCCCUAGGCUAGAUUGUCUAAUGUUUACGAUUAGGGCCACACCAACGAGGGAUGAGCCUAGAGUAAAAACUCUUCGCGUGUCAAGUUCCUCCCUGAGAGUUUUAAGGGUUGGUUGGGAUCCGAUAGGUGAAAGAGGGAUGAGUAUUAAUGUGAAGUCUGAAAGUCUUGAGAGGUUGAUAUUAUAUCUUAGGGGAGGUCACAAUGUUAAUGUGGAUGCACCAAAUCUGAAAUUCUUGGACAUUUGCGGUCAUGUGCUUCAAAUGAACAUCAUUCGAGGUUUUCCUUUAAUUGAUGAGGCAGUUAUAGAUGUUGCAUAUGCGGCUCAGGGCACAUAUUGGAAAGACUUUCAUGCAGAUACUAAAAAAGCUUCUACCUUUUUCAAAGAGUUGCAAAACGUGAGAGUACUCAGCGUAUCUGAACCCAUCAUAAAGGCUCUCUUUGUUCAUGCAAAUGAGUUGCCGACUUUCAGCAACAUGUAUAAGAUCAAGUUUAUCCCUGAUUAUUCUCUUGAUGAAUUUACCCGUAACGGCAUUCAGGAUGUGUUCUUCAACUUGUUUCAAAGAUGUCCUAACCUGCAAGUGCUUUCCUUUCAUGAUAAGAUAGAUAUGUUGAGCAGCAGCAACGUCUUUGAUAUCGAACUUGAAACUGUUUUCCCUAUUACAAUGGUUCAAAAUCUGAAGGAAUUACAAAUUUCUGAGUUCAAAGGUGAACAAAUGGAAUACAUGCUGCUGAAAUUUUUCUUGAAGAACGGACAAUCUUUACAGAUUAUUUCUCUGAGAAAAGAUGCUUCGAAAAAGGCAGGUAGGUAUACUUGGCCGCGAAAACAAAAAAAGAAAAUUCUCUCCUUCCGGAGGAAGUGCACAAAAGAGUGUGAGAUUAUAUUCAAAUAGAAAUUGGAUUUUACAAAAUUCCCAUGAUUAGCCAUGGCAACAAGUCUAUCUAUCUCUCUAAAAGUAUGUUAUUUUUGUUGAACAUCGCCACCUGCCUCGUCUUAUAGACCGGUGGGCUUUUUAUAUUGCUUCUGUCAUAUUAGAUUGUAUGCUCCUUGGCUGGAAACAAUGGUUCUGGUUCAUGUUCCGCCGAGUCUGUAUUGUGUACCUUCCUGAGCCAACUGGGCUUUUGUUUUGUA